UUCUCUUUUUUUUUGAUUUUGAUUUGGAUUCGGUUCGAUUCGAUGCGAGCAUGAAAUUCAAUUUGGUGCAGACACUGAUCUUCACUUUGUGCCUCAUAAGCGUGCAAAUAUAUGGCAUUCAAGAUGCCAGCGGGAAGCGGAUCGUGAGCAAGUAUGAGCGGAUAAUGCAGAUGUAUCCCCUGCUGUCCUCAGGCGCGGGCGAGUCCUCGCAGUGGCGGGCGGCGGAGAAGGAUAACCAGCGGCAUCCUUGCAGGCGCGACUGCGCCGAUCACCAGCCGAUGACCUGCUACUACUACAUGGUGGUGCACUACGACGAUACGAUGGCGGAGACCUGCAAGCGGUAUCUCCAGUCCAAAUUCCGCUUCAAGCUGAAUGGCAAGGAGUACAUCGAUGGCAUAACGCUGGCCGACCAGCUGGCGGCGAACGACGACUGCAAAUACGCUGAUGGGCUGGAGAGCGAGGUGAUGGUGGUGAAUGGCCAGCUGCCCGGGAUGAGCAUCGAGGUGUGCUACGGCGACACCGUGGUGGCGGACGUGAUCAACAGCAUGCACGAGACGACGACGGUCCACUGGCACGGGAUGCACCAGCGCCUCACUCCGUUCAUGGACGGGGUGCCCCACGUGACCCAGUAUCCAAUUGAGGCGGGCCAGGCGUUCCGCUACCGCUUCGAGGUGGAUCAUGGGGGCACCAACUGGUGGCACAGCCACACGGAGCACCAGCGUGCCUUCGGUUUGGCCGGUGCGCUGGUGGUGCGAAUGCCACCCAAGCUCAAUCCCCAUGCCCAUCUGUACGACUUUGAUAUGACGGAGCACGUGAUCAUGAUCCAGGACUGGGUGCACAACUUCGUGGAGAGCGUGGCCGAGAAUAUCCUGAUCAACGGGCGGGGCAGGAACCUCAAGAAGGGCGUCAAGGCCGCCAAGCCGACGCUCUACGCCCACUUUCCGGUGGUCAGGGGCGGACGCUAUCGCUUCCGGGUGAUCUUUAAUGGCGUCUCCAACUGCCCGAUCAGCCUGAGCAUCGACAACCACGACCUGGUGGUGAUUGCCAGCGAUGGCAACGACAUCGAGCCGGUGACGGUGCAGCGGAUCAUGUUCCACGGCGCCGAGCGCUUCGACUUUGUGCUGCACGCCAACCAGGAGGUGGCCAACUACUGGAUCCGCGUCAAGGGCUACAGCUUCUGUGCGAAGAACCAGCUGCACCAGGAGGCGGUGCUCCAUUACAGGGACGCAGAUCCCCGGAAGCUGGACACGCACACCCUCAGCUAUGCGUACGAUGCGCCUGGCAAGACGCUCAAUGAGCUGGGCGAUGAGACGGCGGGCAGUGGCAGCAGCAGCAUUUCGCUGGCCACACUGAAUGCCCAGCGACCGGAACCGGAAGUGGCGCCCUCGGUGACCUUCUACACCAGCAUGAACGCCUUCGAGGUGCGCCAGGGCGAGGGUUUCCGCUUCCAAAUGGACGACAUUAGCUUCAACAUGCCCAAGAUGUCGCUCCUGCAGACGCGAAACCUGGGCGUUGGCCAAUUCUUCUGCAAUCGCUCGCAGCAGGCGAAUCUGGGCUUCAAUUGCCGGCAGCGGCACUGCCAGUGCUCGAAUGUCAUCCAGGUGCCGGCCAAUCAGCAGGUCGAGUUCGUCGUCUCCAGCCUCUCGCAGACGCCGCACCCGAUCCACCUGCAUGGCUACACCUUUCGGGUGGUCGGCAUGGGCGUGCUGGGCGAGCAGAAGAUCGGCCAGAUCGAGCAGAUCGACAAGAAGACGCCGUUGCCGCGUCGCGGACGCGGUGCUCCGCUGAAGGAUUCGGUGCAGGUGCCCGCCUUUGGCUACACGAUAUUCCGGUUCUACUCCAACAGUCCCGGCUACUGGAUGUUCCACUGUCACAUCUCGCCGCACUCGGAGAACGGAAUGGCCGCCGUGGUGCGCGUGGGCGAGGAUAUCGAGAUGAAGAUGUGCCCGGUGAGCAACUGCGGACUGUGCAGUUCGGUGGCCUGAGGUUCGGGCGAAGAUUCUAGGCAUUCGAGGGGCAAUAAAAGCGUUACCUUUAAGCUGGCAUUUCGAGUGGAUUGAUUUGGAGCGGGCAAUAUGAUUUUCGAAAAGGUAACAAAACAAAUGCAAUACUAUAUAUUUUAUUUUAAGAUUUAGAACUUAAAGGUUGCCCAAUUAUUACUCAUACGACCUGUAUUCCAGUGAGA